CAAUCGGCAAUGGAGGAGAAGAAGAAGGACCUGCUCCGGAAGCUGACCAUCAUCUCGAUCCCGUUCGUGUUCGUGGCGAUCCCGUCCGUGGUGAUCAUCGUGGGCAUGCUGUCCCCGCACGCGGCGGGGCCCCAGGAGGGCUCGGGGCCGGCGCCGCCGGGGCAGAACCACUCGCUGUCCAUGCUGAGCACCAUGACGGGGGGCCAGAUGAUCCUCAGCUGCCGCGCCGCCUUCUCGGGCAACUGGGAGUACUUCCACUACUUCAUCCUCGAUCCCUACAAGCCCCAGCAGGCCUUCUUCCAGCCGCAGUCCGACCCCUACGUCAUCUUCUGCAAGUGGGGGUACAUGGGCAACUUCCUCCAGGACGUGGUGGUCUUCAACAGCUGCGCCACCUGGGCGUCCGAGUGCCGCGUCGACAACGGCGGCUGCCGCUACCUGUUCCAGGACGGCCACAUGUUCCUCGUCACCGGGAAGCACGGCGGCGGCGGCCCCGCGCCCAAGGCGAAGGUGCGGGAGAAGAAGCUGGUCGGGGACGUGGUGCUCAGGGAGUGCCAGCACGUGCUCGGGCUCUUCCCCACCAUGUGCCGGAAGAAACCGCACCGCCACGAGUACGUCGGCAAGAUCAUCGGCCGGUGGCGGUGGUGGUUCAACUACUAG